ACGACAAGUCGAUCUCGACAACGUUAUUCAAGAAUCAAGAUGGCUGAAGCAGAGAGCAGCUUUUUGAUAACUCUGAAAGACCUUUUUGACAAAAAAGGGCUUACGUUUGAAGAUGUGCAAGGCCACAAGUGCUCUGAGAAUGUUUUAAUUAGAUUGAGUAAAUGCUUAGAUAACUGGGAGAUGGUUGCUCUGUACUUGGGGCUAACAAGAGCUGAGAUUAAGGGCAUUAAAUUUGACAGCAAUAGUGAAGAGGAGAGACGAAUAAAUGUACUGAAGAAGUGGAAGGAGAAGAAUGGGGAGAGGGCUACUUACUACAAUCUCAUUAAGGCUCUCAAGGAAAGUGAUAGAGUUGACAUAAUUGAGCAGACGCUCAAUUUCCUUAAUGAUUGUGCAUUUGAAAAAGAUGAUGAACAGCAAAAGAGAAGAGAAAUGAAAGAAAAAUCACCUGAUAAUCAAAAACCGCAGCAAAGCAAGAGUUCAAACCCAGUCGAAAAGCAGAUUCCAAAUUUAAGACCUACUGGAAUAUCUACUUCGUGGCAAAAAAUGAAGUUUGAGCAGAGACGAAAGAAUAAACCACCUAUAUCAUCACCUAGUGACUUGACAUCUGAUAAUUACCAGCAACAUUUCUAUAGUGCAUUAUGGUUUGAAGAAGAUGAACAUAUCAAGAAGCUUUCAAAAAAGUGUGAUGGCAUAAACUAUAAGUUUACAAUAUUUGAUCACAAGGAAGUCCCUCCUUUUCUUGAUCGUCAUCCUCGUCCUAAUGUUUGUUAUGGUUAUAUUUCUGGCUUAUCCGAUGAUGAGAUUGAAUAUGCUACACAAGCAAGUGAUGAUAUCACAAUUUUGAGAUCAGAUGGUUCUGAUCAACAUUUAACUAUAGCCUUCAAACAUUAUUACAACUUUAACCACAUUGAAAAUUGCUUGUAUGUAGUUGCUUCUCAUUCUCCUGAAUUAUCUGAAGCAAUAAAAAAUGGUACCAGGGUUAAAGGAGGGAGUGAGAUAAAUAUCUCUGCUCAGUUUACUCUUAAAUACUCCUACUUUGAUCAUCUUCAUGAAUCUGUCGUCAAGACUCCUGAGCAUGUCCGUAAGUGUCUGUUGCUGCCUGAUGCCUCUUCUUUUGGUGACUUGUUCCUUACGUUUGACCCUCAGCACUCUAGUUUUGAUUGUAUAAAACUAGAUGAUGAGCAGCAAUUAAAGGCUCUAAAGAUAAUUGUGUCUGAGUCAUCAUUAAUUGGUGAACCUUUUCCUCCUAUUAUUCUCUAUGGUCCGUUUGGUACUGGUAAGACUCGAAUCCUUGCUCGUGCUGCAUUUGAAGUAAUGAUGAAUGGCAUUAAUGAAAACAAGCAUGCCAGAAUAUUGAUUUCUGCUCACCAUGAAAUAUCAAUUACAACCUUCAUCUUUGCUUACUUUGGUGUAAUGCGGAAAAGAUUUUAUCUUCCUUUCAAGGUGAUUUUAAUUACUAAGCAAGAGAAUAAAGGUGUUUAUGCUGACAUGUACAUGACACCAGAGGAGUUUGCAAUGCAUAGUGCUGAUAUAUGCACACUGGGUCAUGUCAUUAUAAUCGCCACAUAUACCAUGUCUCUCAACCUUUAUCAGUACCUCUACUCUCCUGAAGGAUUCUUUACUCACCUUUUUCUCGAUGAAGCAGCUCAAGUUCGUGAGCCAGAAGCUAUUACACCGCUAGCUCUAGCUACUAAAGAUGCUAAAAUAGUUUUAACAGGUGACAUGCAGCAGGUUGGUCCUAACAUACUAGUGUUGGGAAAAGAGGCUAGGAUGUUUGGUCUUCAUAUUUCCUUAUUGGAACGUUUGUUGAUAAGAUAUAAAGAAGUAGGUCCAGUAGCGACACACUAUAUCACUAAAUUAUCAGUGAAUUACCAAUCACAUAACUCAUUGAUGUGUUUGCCAAAUCUAUUCUACAAACAUCUGGAGCUAAAUACUGAUGAAGUCCUUCAAAGUUACUGUGGUCCUACUGGCUACAAUUUUGUUUCUGUUGACUCGAGGAUCAUUGAUCAUCCAGAUAAACAGUGGAUUGAAGCAUGUGUUGUGUUAGAAGAAGUUCGAAGCUACUUGGAAACGAUGAAGCAAUUAAAUCUUAAGUUCAAUCCUCGGCAUGAUGUUUGCAUCAUUGCAUCAACAAGGAAGCAGUUGAAUCUCAUCAAAAGCAUGGCAUAUAUGUACAAAGAAUAUGAGGCAGUGAGAAAUGUUAGUUAUAAGCCUUCUUUUGUGAUACAAGGUCAUGAAUUUCAAGCUAUCUUUUUAAGUCUAGAAAAUGAUGGAAUGAAUAUUAAGAGUCUGUUCAAUCCAUAUGUUUUUAAUACUGCGAUAACGAGGGCAAAGUUUUAUGUUGUUGCAAUUGGUUUUCCAGAAGAAGUUAAAAAGCUUGAACUUACCACACUUUUCCAUCCUGAUCGAGGUGGAAGUACUGUACAAUGCUGGCAUGAAUAUUUGAAAUUAUGUGGGAAGCUAAGAACUCUAAGACUGUUUGACUUUAGUAACCCAUUGUUGCCUUAUAAAAUUUCUGGAAUAAAGGAAAAGGGUGGUGUACCUGAACAUGUCUCACGUGAUGAAGAACUGCAGAGUUAUACAUUAAGCCAAGACAAAAUGUCUGACUAUAUUCUUACAUUAAAUGACAAUGUAAAAUCACUUACAGAAAAAUUGAACUCAAGGGAAAAAGAAGUUUCAGCACUGAAAGUUGCACUACAUGAAUACGAAGAAGAAAUUCAGUCAAGCAAAGAAAGAUUGAUCAUAACAGAGAAGGAACUUUGCCAAUGUGAAUUGCAGCUUAAAGAAAAAACUGAAACUUUGGACAAAAUGGAAGAUGAUUGGAAGCAGCUUCAUGAAUCAAAGAAAAAAGAAGAAGUUGCACUUAAUGCAUGUCAAUUAGAGCUUAAAGAAAAAACUGAAACUUUAAAGAAAAUGGAAGAUGAUUUUAAACAGCUUCAUGAAUCAAGAAGAGAAGAAAUAGCUACACUCAAUAAAAUUUCGAAAGCAAAGGAUAAAGAAAUAGAACGUCUAACAGAAAGUAAGUUGAAAUCAUUAGAAAUAAAAGAAGAAAAAACUACAUUUAGCCAAAACCAAGAACUAGAGUUGGACAAGGAAACAGUUAAAGCUGCUGACUUAUAUGAAUUUAGAUCUCCAUCAGCAAAGAUGUCAUCAAUUGGUGUUAUGUAUACAAUAUUCAUUUUACUUCUUGUGGCUAUGUGCUGGAAACCAGAUCCAAGAAUAUUUAUUGGUCCUUUACCAGGUGUCAAAGUUAUUGCAUCAAAUAGAUUCUUAGUGGUAGGUGGUCAAUCCAGUCAGUUACAUUGGGAGGAGUAUGGUUUGAUGCUGGAUAUUCCAAGUGAUGCACUUCCUUUUGGCUUUCUGGCUGAGGUUGUCAUUCGUGUUAGUGUGUCUGGUCCAUAUAUUUUUCCUGAUCAAGAGACUUGGAAACCAGCCAGUGCUGUUUACUGGAUAUCAAGCAGUAAAGAAUUUGUAAAUCCUGUACUACUGGGUAUAUGGCAUAAUGUAAAAGGAAGUGUAAACAGCUCAUCAAUCAAAGUUUUAACAGCUGAAGACACCCCACAAAAUAUGAUAUAUAUAUUUAAGGAGUUUGUGGGUGAUUUUAGUGUUAAUGGAUCUUAUGUCUUUUUUAAACUGACUGGUUUUAGUGGUAAAGAAGUUGUCACGUCUUGUAAUGUCAAUAACUUUCAAGGUGCUUUAUUCUACAAAACGUCCAAGGCUAACAAGUGGGACUACAGCCUUGUUAUUUACAGGUCUCAAGUCAAAGGUGUGACAAGAAGUUUAUUUGAUGAUACAAAAUACAAAGACUGGAUCCAAGAAAUUGAAGAGUUUGGUGUACUAUUUGAAGAAAACAGCACUGUUUUAGAGCUGAACAUUACUGCUAACCCACCAGUGGAAAGUUGGGAAAUUCGAGAAAAAUUCACCCCACUUUCAUAUCACAAGGAUGAGCUUCAAAUUCAGGACCAUAUAGAAAGUAACAUGCAAUUUAUGCUUCAUUGGAGAGGCAGUGGUCCUUUUCGUAUUAAUAAUUGUCUACGAUUUUCAUUGAAAGGUGCAAAGCGUCCAACAACUAUCACUGUGAAUCCUAAUAUAAUUAAUCAUGAUAGUACAGAUACUAAAUUUACAGAGACAAGAAAGAAUCUAGGUAUAAAAGAUUUAAAUACAAUAGUUUCAGCACUGAAAGACAGCAGUUUUGACUGUAGUAAAUGGAGUGACCUUGGGCUAAAGCUAGGUUUAAUUCAAACAAGACUAAACACUAUUAAAAGUGAUAAUUCUAAAGAUGCUGAAGCAUGCCUAGAAGAAACUUUGGUAGGAUGGCUAAAUCUGGUGGAUGAUGUUGAGAAAAAUGGAGGAACAACUUGGAAUACAUUGGUAGAUGCUCUUGGAAAGAUUGAUCAGAAAGCAGUAGCUGAAAGAUUAAAGGACUUAAUCUAAUUACUUAUAGUGUGUACCAUUAUGUGUUAGUAAUUGUCAUGCUUAUUCAAAAUUGUUUAUUGUUUUGAGAA